AUGAAUAAAUUCUAAGAGCAAAUAAUAAAACAAAAUUAGAAGAUUCGUAAUCCUCUCUAUUAAAACCUUAUUAUUUUGGGAUAAUUUUUUUAUACUCUUAUAUGGAUUUUUAUAGCUAUUUAAAUUUUAGGACAAUAAAGGGAAAACCUGCAUUUUAAAAUAUUUUAUUAUUUCAGUUUACCCACUAUUUCAAUACUAUUCAAUAUUGAGUAAGUCAUCAUAUAAAGCAUUGCGAUAAUUUUUUCAUUAACCUUUCUUUUGGCUCUGUUGUUGGGAGCAAACUAGAAAUAUUCAUACAAGUUUCUUGGCGUCCUUUGGGAUGCCUACCCAAACAUAUGGCAAAUCAUAAUUAUUUAAAAUAGUGGGCAUUGCUUACUAACCGAUAAUCUUAACUUAAUACUGGGGAUAAUUAAUAUCAUAAUGGCAAUUAUAAUUUCUCAAUUAACCAGCCUGUACUCAUUUUCACAAAACACAAGCCAAAAACUAAUUAAAUCCUAUUUCGAAAGGACCCUGCUUCCAUUUUGCUAUUCAAUAUUGGCAUUAUUCGCAGGUUUCCAAAUAAAUAACUAAUACAUAUCGUAUCUGUAUUUAGGUGCACAAUUGAUAUUUGAUCUUUAUUUUGGGAUAUUGUACUAUGUCAAGCCCCAUAUGCAAUAUUUAAAUAUGAAAACGCAGAAAUUGGUUGUUCUGUGUUCAUUCAUCAGAUUUCCACUGGUGUUAUUCCUAUUUUAUUACCAGGGCGACGAAGUUAUAUAUUUAUCUUUAUUUUCACUUCCACUCAUGAUACAAAUCCACCUGGUGCUUUGGGAAAAGAGAUUCAUGAGUUUAAUAUACACAACCAAUAUGUUUUUCUAGUACAUCUGUCUGGGUAAGUUUAGAGAGAUGGACAACUUAAUUGAAUGCUACAUCGAGUACUACUUUGAAAUCGUCAAUUACAAGAAACCAUUGAACAGAGUGUUGAUGCUGAGUAUAUAUUGCAAUCACAUGAACAUGUGCUAAAACCUCAAGUGUUUUUGUUAAAACAGGAACUUCCAUGAUGGUGUUACCAUAACGACUCAGUUAUCAAUAGAUGUGAAGGAUAUUUAGCAGCAAGUCAAUUUCGCAGUGGCAGAAUAGGAUAUUUAAAUGUGUUUUAAGGAACUGAUGUUAUUAUUUUUUGACAACUAUAUCAAGCAUGUAAGAUAUACUGCUAUGGGAGAAACGUUAAUCUUAAAAUAAAGUCUUUACGAAAGUGAGAACUUUAAGCAGAGAUUGUUUUAAGCCAAACUCAGAUUUUAAUAUUUGAAGAUAUAUUAUAAUAAGUACCACCCCCAAUUCUUGGAGAGGUGGGCAACAUGUACAUUGGUUACUGAAAAACUGCAAUUUUACAUAGGUGGUGUUAAUAAUUUGAAUUUCGAUCUUUCGUAAUCUUUGUAAUAUUUUAAAUUACUAGAAAACAUUCAGAAUAACAUAUGCAAAGUGAUUGAAGAUAAAAUACUUAUCUUAGAAUUGUUGAAAAGGAAUUAUUAAAAUCCAGUGCCUUAUCUAUUACACAAUUCUACUCAACAAUAUUUGAAUGAAUGCAAUCAACUAGAAUUAUAAAUAAAAUAACUUAUCUAACUCAAUGGAAUAUCAGCUGAAGUUAGAGAUUUAUAGGAUGAAUUCUAUUCUUAAAUUAAAGUAGACUACGGGUUCAAGAACAUUCGCAAAAAAACAACCAUUCCUUUCAUAAACCAAAAUCAAACAGCCUUUGUAAUCUGUGAUUAUGAAGGAGAACUUGUAAUAAGGGAUUAUUCUGGCAACUUCAUAUCCAUGAUUGAUGUAAGUUCAUAAGUCAAGGGAAGUGCUAUCGAAUAAAUAGUUCCUGUCAUAUUGUAACAAUAUCAUAGGGUUGCUAUUGCUCAGAUGAUCAAUACUGGCCAAACCAAACUUGUAAAUAAGGAUUAAUACACUCUAAUGGUUAAAUCGGAAAAGUAUAUCUUGGAAGUAGAUGCACUAUUAAGAUUUGAUUAUAGACAAAUGGAUUUCUUAAGGUUCAUAGGUUUCAUCCAAUUGAGAGACAAGGAUAGCAUUUUAUUGCUCGCAAACGACAAAGGAAAGCUUGAUUCAUAUUCUAGAUCUGCUGGAGUGCUGCUAAAGCUGGACGAGGUUGACCUUAAUUUUUUGAAUUACUCUUACUUAUCCCCUUGUUUGUUAGAUGAUAAGGAGGAGUAGGAGUUCGAUGGAUUCAUUUUAAUUCCUAAGAGGUUGUUUAGAUCAGAUAUUUUGGGAUACAUGAGAUACUUUAUAGGAUCUCCUGAUGAGUGCUUCAUUUUCUUGGUCAACGCUUAACAUUAAAAAAAGACCUACACUUCAGUUACAAUAUAAUGUUUGAAGGUGAAUUCAUUUUAUUAAUUGAAAGAAAUGGAUUUCAAAAUAAUAGCCUUGGAUAUUAUGAUAAGAUAGAUUAUGAUCUUAAAAUAAGUGUACAAGUCUCAAUAUUUGGCAUCUCCUGAAUAAAUUCGCAAAAUCUAAACUUUCAAAAAGACUUUUAAAAUUCAACCGACAAUAGAAUUUAAUGAAGGAGAGUACAAUUUAAUUUGUGAAGAUGAUUCAGAAAGAGAAAUAUAAAUACAAGGCAGAAACCAAAAUAUUCUCCCUGAAUUCAUUCCAUCUCUAGAUUCAAUCAGAACUUAAAAUGAGAAAUUGCUUCUAACUUUUGAUCAAUAUAGAGAUUAUCACAAUACUUAAAGCAAGGAUAAAUCAUUUGAAUAAUAAUAGAAAUUGGAAACUUUUGAGGGUUCAAAGUCAGAGUUGGAUGUAUACAGUAAAUAAAAAAAGACUACUAAUUAACUUAUAGAAAUUGAAUUGAAUGCUUCAGAAGAUCAAAACAUUGAGGAGUAAUUACAAAUUAUUUUAACUACUGUGAAGGCUAGACAAACACGAAAAGAAAUGCUGGAAAUGAAAAAUUAAUUGAAAAAUAAACAUAAAGCUAGUACUUGGCAUGGAAAUGGGAAUGCAUAUACUUAAAAACAAUUAGUUAGAAAUAUUGUACAUUAAUUCUAAAUAUCUUCAUUAAGCUCAUUAUUGUCUAUAAAAAUAGUGUCAUGCUUUUUAGUAAUUAUAAACAUUGGAUUUGUCCUUGGAUUUGUUAUUAACAGUCUAAUCAAUAUAGCUGGUAUAUAGAUGGAUUCUAACAAUUAAACCUAUCCUUUAAUAUUGUUUCAAGACCUCAAUUUGGUAUUAAUGGGGAUACAACUUGAUGAUUGGAGUGAAUCAAAUUAAGAAUUAGCAUAAAACUUUAAGGUUUUGGGAGCAGAGCAAUACCAAAAUUUGAGUAUUCAUGUUAAUGAUAUUUAAAAUGACUAUCAUACAUUUCUAUAGGAACUUGAUCAAGAAACAAUAUAGGUUUAAGAAAAUGGGAUACCAAUUACUUAUUUUAAGAAAUAUUUCCUCAAAAACUAUAUGGUGGAAAAGCUGAGGACCAUAUAAGAAGCUGAUUAAGUUCCAUUGCUUGGAGAUGACAGUGAGUUCCUAUUUGAUAAUUUUCCAAAAAUAGCAGACUAAUUAUGGAACUUAGAAAGUAAAACAACCAGAGAUGUAGUUGAAAGAAUAGAUGAAUUAGAUUAAAUGUCAAAAUUAUUAUUAAUCCUUUCAGUUAUUUGUAAUCUUAUAGCAAUAACAAUAUAUUUGACAAUUCUGAUGGGUAUUAUUUAGUGGAGAAAUCAGCUUUAUUCAACCUUGUUUCUAUUCAACAACAUUUAAGUGCUGAUUACUUAAUUAUCGGACUCAAUCAGUCGUACGGUUAUCUAAGCAUCUAAUAACAAAGGGUAUGACGAGGUAAACAACAAGAAAAUUAAGUUUAUUUGGUAAGUUUAUGGGGCUGUAACCUUUUUUUUACUUUCAAUUAUCUCUUUAGGAUUUUAUAUACCAUUAUUCCUGUAUAUAGAUUCCGUCAACUUACAAUCAAUCGACGUUAAUUAAUUACAGACUGAACUCACUAUGAUGCAACUGAAAUAGUCAUUGAUUCUCACUUGGUGGUCUGUUAAUCAAACAGAAGGUGCACAAAAUAUUGGCUUAAUUCACAAUACUUCUAUUAUUUAAUAGGUAAUUGACGAGUGUACCCCAUCAGAGUAUUUUGUUUUGUAUGAUCUCCCUUUUGAUAGUAAGUAUGAUUACUUUCCAGAAAUUCAGCAGUAUACUACAACUUCCAUUUGCAAUUGCUCUUUGUUGUAAAAUUAAUUGAAGAAUGGAUUUUAAGGGUUUUCAUCUUAUGUUUCUCAACACUUAUAUGAUCCAGAUUCAUAAAUUGAAAUUAUGCAAGCUUAUAAAUUUGUAUUUGAAUUUCAAAUCCAAAAAAAAAAAGAGUUUGAUGAUUAUAUGGAAACUCGAUUACAAAAUACUUUAUUAACGCUAUAAAUCAUUCUAGAGAUAAGCAUGGUACUUAUCAUAACAAUUUAAUCAUCACUUCUAUUUAUAAUUCAUGGAUAAAUUAAGAAAUUGGUUAAAUCUACUAAAAGCAUCAUGUACUUAUUUCCUCCUCAAAUUCUAGCAAACAAUAAAUAUGCAUUAUAAGUAUUAAUCUAAGGUAGUAAUUAAUGA